AUGACGGAGUACAGCCUCUAUGGUUGCUACUGUGACUAUGCCACCAGGACCAAUGUGUUGGCAGACUUAGACAGGUGCUGCCAGAUUCGUGACAACUGCCACAAUCAUGUCAAGAAGCUGGAAAACUGCAAAUCCCUCAUAGACAACCUCAACAUCUUCUACUCAUACUCGUGCUCUGGGAAUGAGGUCACCUGCAGGGGCAGAAACAACACCUGUGAGAACUUGAUCUGCAACUGUGACCGCCAGGCUGCCAUCUGCUUCUCCCAGGCUCCAAACAACAAGGGGAACAAAGAGGAAAACAAUGCCUGUGAGGCCUUUGUGUGCAACUGUGACCGCCAGGUCGCCAUCUGCUUCUCCAAACAGGACAAUGACAUGCGCUGUUAG